UAUCGGAUGGUUUCCCUGACGUAAAAAUUUUGUUGGCAACAUUGUUGACAAUUGACAUUUUAAUUUAGUAUAAGUUUGAUAGAUGUUUGAAGUUUACAACGGUUUUUAAAGUUUGUAAAGAGUGAAAUGGAUCUGUCGGAAGUAUUUAAAACAGGUUUCAAAAACCUGCAUAAACAAAAUUUAGAGAAAAACUACCAACAAAAAACGCUCAAAAAUCGGAUGGAGGACUUCAGUUAUUUCAGGAGACAAACCAGAGAUACUCUUUUAUUACAAAAAAGGAAUUUAGAUUUGAAAAAUAUGUCACCUUAUUUAACCCCAGAGCCUGUCAGGUCGAAAAAAACUUCUGUCAAACCAAAACAAGAUGAUAUUCAACCCAAGCCAAAUAAAGUCGAGACUACAUCAAAUAAGAGAUUGGAAAUGUUGAAAAAAUGGAAGGAAGAUAAAGCAAAACGAAUCCAAGAAGAAAAAAAGAAUGCAAAACCAAUUUUUAAAGUUUGUCAUGUUACUAAUGACCGAGGUUUACCCAAAUUUGAAAAGGAAAAGUCCAAACCCCAAGAAAAGUUCAUUUCUAAAUUUGCACCUAAAGAUCAUAAGUUUCAUGCUCCCAAAAACAUCAAGCCAAUAAAUAUUGGAGUUUCAGGAAAGUCUGCGAUAAAUUCAAAAACAAUGCCAUCAAAAAAACUAACUGAAACUACAUCAAAAAUUCAAGCCCAAAAGAAUAAAAGUGAUGAACCGAAAUUCAAUUCUAUAAGUUCUCAACGAUUACCAACAACAAAAGUAAAUAAUGGUUCCAGAAAGAAUCUCAGAUCUGAAGUAAGUAAAUGCAGUGUCACUAGGAACACAUCAAAGACUGCUGCGAAAAUUGCAGAUAAAACCAAGAAAAAAGUUGUGGAUUGGAAUUUGCCUGAGGGAGGAAGUGAUAAUGAAAAUAUUUUGGAAAAUGGUAAUAAAAAGAGAUAUCAGAAGACACCACAGAAAAGAAAAAAUAUUGCAACAAACAAUACAGAUUUAGAAGAGAAACCAAAAACUUCAAAUAAGAAGAACACUCUUAAAAGAGAAACUGAACAAAAAGAAGCUAUAUUUAGUGAUGAUGAGAUAUCAUUAAAAACACCCAUAAGGAAACACUGUAAAUCUAGUGUUCAAUUCAGAUCUGAAUUGGAAAAUGUAAGGGAUUGUUUGGAGAAAAAAGAAACACAUAUGAAAAAUAAAACUGAAAAUCAAGAACUCACCAAUGACGUAACAUGUUCAGAAACUCCAUCCAAAAUAAAUCAUACCCCAAGAAAUGAAAGGAAGUCUUUACAAACUGAUCGCUCAUCUCCUGUGAAUUAUAUAAGUCCCUUCGUAACAAUCUCAAGAGGCAAAGAUUCUGCUAGAAAGGAAUUCAAAGUUCGACAGUCGACUGGUGGUACUUUUUCAAAUACUUCUCUAGGCCAGGAAAAAUUUUCUGAUAGUACAAGCCCGAGAAGGGGAGCAGAGUAUUUCACAAGAACACUUGAGAAAGAAAUCAAUAGGAUCGAGUCUAUUUGUAGUGAAUGGGAAAGAUACAAAGAUAAUGAUAUUCCGGAAGAGGCGAUAAACUUAAUCGAUGUUGCAGUAGGCCAGUCGAAACUGCUGAUUGCUAAAAAAUUCAAUCAGUUCAGAAAUCUAAUUGAGGAAUGCAGAAGUUGUCAGUAUAAAGAAAAACCUAUUACUUGUACUGACUUACAUGGAUUUUGGGAUAUGAUAUAUAUGCAAGUUGGUGACUUAGAUAAGAGAUUUGCAAAUUUGGAAGUCUUGAAAACCAACAACUGGGUAGAGGUGAUUCCUGAGAAGAAAGUUACUGCACUGAAAAAAGCAAGAGGCAGACCUAAAAAGGUUACGUCAUCGUCAUCACUUAGAAAUGCGAUCCAAGCUGCUAGAAACAAAAAGAAGCAACAAGAAAAUCAUCUUGUGGAAAACUCAGAGGUUUUUCUUGUCAAUUCUCCAGUCCGAAAGUGCCCAACUCCUAAUAUCCCAAGUAGUUUAAGAAGAAGCCUACGUGUAUCCGUUUUGAAUGCGCAGAUGGAAGUUAACACAAAACGGGUCAGUUCUUCUCCUGGUCUUACAAUGAUGAAAGUAACUCAAGCAAUUAAGUCCGGUGAUGGAAUAACUCCCAGUCGAAGUAUUUUGAAGUCAAAUAUAAAUAAAUCAGAGAAAAGGAUAACAAAAUCUGUACUUUUCAAAGAAGAUUUAGGAGAUAAUGAACUAUUGACUGAAGUGAAUAAGGAAAAUAACGCUAGUACGUUGAACUCUAGCAUUUCUUGUCCCAUUACUCCAACGAGAAGGUCAAAAAGGCUCAAUAAAAACACUUAAAAUUUAAACAUUCAAUUUGUAGAAUCAUUUUUCCAUUCUCACCAUAUUGUUAUUGUAUAUUUGAUUUUUUUAAUGUUUUAUUUUCAAGACAUUGCAUUUUAAUAUUACUUCUGGACAAUCGUUUCGAUAUGUACAAUUUUAUAUAGUUAGUACAAAUAAAUAUGUUUUCAAAAAAAAUUAUCAUAGUUUUAUGGUUUCUGUAAGUAAUAAUUGAACAGUUAUAUACCUAAUUGGUGAGGGAAAACCUAUUACUAAGAUAUUGGCUAAAACCAUAACUCCUGUUUAAUAUUUAUUAAAUAAAAAAGUGAAAUGACAGACCAGGUAGAACAUAUUGUAUAAGGAAGUUGAAAAUGAGACUAAGAAAUACAGUUAUUUUUACAAAUUGA